CGAUCUGUUUGUAGUAUAAAGUUGGCUAUCUACUCACCCGCACAAAACCCUAGCUUCACUGCUGAACUGCGCCGCGGCUUAUAUAUCUUUAAUCCUCUCUUGCAGGCUGUUGUAGUGACAGUUUCUAUCGGAGAAGAUGAAGUUCAACGUCGCGAAUCCGACAACUGGCUGCCAGAAGAAGCUUGAGAUCGAUGACGACCAGAAACUCCGUGCUUUCUACGACAAGAGGCUCUCUCAGGAAGUUAGCGGAGAUGCUUUGGGCGAGGAAUUCAAGGGGUACAUCUUCAAGAUCAUGGGAGGAUGUGACAAACAAGGUUUCCCAAUGAAACAGGGAGUUCUCACCCCUGGUCGUGUCCGCCUUUUGCUUCACCGAGGUACUCCUUGUUUCAGAGGACACGGAAGGAGGACUGGAGAGAGGAGAAGAAAGUCUGUCCGUGGUUGCAUUGUCAGCCAAGAUCUCUCUGUUCUUAACCUUGUUAUUGUCAAGAAGGGUGAGAAGGAUCUUCCCGGGCUUACCGAUACCGAGAAGCCAAGGAUGAGAGGACCCAAGAGAGCUUCUAAGAUCCGUAAACUUUUUAACCUCACCAAGGAGGAUGAUGUCAGGAAGUACGUCAACACUUACCGCCGCAAGUUCACUAACAAGAAAGGUAAGGAAGUGAGCAAAGCCCCCAAGAUCCAGAGGCUUGUGACUCCUUUGACACUUCAGAGGAAGAGAGCUAGAAUUGCCGACAAGAAGAAGAGAAUCGCCAAGGCUAACGCUGAUGCAGCUGACUACCAGAAGCUUCUUGCCUCCAGACUCAAGGAGCAGCGUGAUCGCCGUAGUGAGAGCUUGGCCAAGAAGAGGUCUAGACUCUCUUCUGCUGCCGCUAAGCCCGUUGCUGCUUAAAACCAAAAUUUCUCUCUCUAGUUUUUUUUCUCCAAAGACAUGAAAACACCAUUGUGAACGUCUCUUUUUUGGGUUUCUGUUUCUUGUGUUAACUUUUCAAUCCUAUUACAAUAUAAAUGUUUUGAGCUUGUUUGCUA